GAUUAGAUAUAGAUAUGAAAGAUCCUACAAUUCAACUCAUGUUCAUCAUACUUAUACACUGACAUUGCUCGUUCCGUUAGUCGUGCAUAUACAGUGAUACUGCCAUGGCGUCGGCGCGGGCGCAGGCCCUUUAUAUGCUGAUCAUAGCAGGCGCAGUUUCAGCAUCUCCAUUCAACGUAACAAAGAAAGUCGGAGACACCCUGCCGGCUACAAUAGUCACGGGCUCCAAUGCCAACCUAUCCUGCUACUUAGACACACCUCAUGGAGAGACCAUCGAAUUCAAACCAGAAGACCACUCUACUGACAGAAUUAAAUAUGUAGAAACACCCGUCGUGAGCUACUGUGGUGCUCACAUCACCGAUUUGAAAGAAGAAGAUGAAGGAGAAUGGACUAUUUAUUACAUUGACGGCGACGAGCGCGCCGCUAAAACUUAUCAUCUAACUAUUACUAAAGCCGAAGAAAGUGAAGAAGUUGAAGAGGAAGUCUUCACAGAAUGGUUAAGAGAUAUAAAUGUCAUCGCUAGAAUUGGUCUGAACGUUGACAUAUCUUUAAGCAAGAAAGAACGACCAGCAUCAAUAGAAGAGAAAUUUACUAUCAUAACUCCUGAUAACCAAACUUUGCAAUUAGAGAGCUCUAAUGUACCAGGUGUGACAGUACAUAGUAGUAGUGAUUUCGUGGCUAGUAGAGUCACCAUUGGCCCCAUGGAAGAAUCUCUUCUUGGCCGUUGGGUACUUUGUGGGGAAAUUAAUGAAGAUAUACCUUUGAGAAGAUGCCAGCCAGUUGUCAUUAGGUGGAAUAACGCUAAUAAUCCUUCAGCGACAUGGCAAGUAACAGUUCAUAGCAAGAGAGAUACUGUCACUAAUUAUUUGGCUACAGUUGACACUGGUGUUAGCAGCGUCGCCACUCUUUUGACCUGCCAUGUUAUAACUCCCAAUGGAGAAGAUUUGAUUAUCAAUACAGAUUCAGACUACCCUGGGCUCACUCGUUCAGUCAUUCAUGAUGCUUCUCACUGUAGAGUUCAUAUCGGACCUAUUCAAAAAAAAUAUUUAGGCGACUGGACUGUAUACGCUGUAUAUAAUUCAAUAUUGAGCGGAGUUACUGAAGUUCAUUUGCCAUUGCAUUUGUAUUUAUAUGAUGAAGAAGAUCCUUACACUCAAGCUUACAAUACAUCUACUUUAAGUCCUGUUACGCGGGUUAUAAAUUUAGGCACGAGUAUCGAGCUAGAAUUUCCUGGUACUGGAACGACCGACAGUUGUGAGUUAAGGAGUCCAUCAGGACAAUUGUUUAACCUGGAGAAAACUGCGGAACCUGUAAAGUUUCUGGAGCCCGCUUUGAGAGUAACCUGCGCGUUUAGUAUUGGACCAAUUGAAAAGGAAGCUUUAGGCGAUUGGGAAAUUAAUGUGAAAUUUAAUGACAGAGGCGUAUUUACUGAAUACAGACAGACACUUCAAAUUAUACAAGAAGACCCAGCAAAUCCAAUAAUGGAGGAUCACAGGACUAUAAUGACUAAGGAUGUUGAGUUCUUCAAUACUUCUAUAGGGGCAGAAAUCACAGUUAAUACGGAUUUGAAUACAUUCUGGUUUUACACAACAGAAAGUUGCCAUAUAAGAACUCCCGAUGGUCUACAGUACACCAUCAUGGAUGGCUUUAAUGUUCCUGGAAUAGAAAUCAUCGAAAAUUCUGAAAAUAGAUGUCGAUUUAAAAUAACUGUUCUAACCGAUGAAGCCAUUGGAGAAUGGAUGGCUAUCUCUAGGGAACAAAGAAGUUCGGAAGCAGUAGAAGUGAGACAGCCAUUCACUAUCUUCGUUGAAGAGAAUGUUGAUGCAUCAUCUAGCCAAGUGAUGGUGUCCGAAGGCAAUGAUCUUCAUUUACGUUUAGCAAACCCCACAAACCUUCAUGAUUCUUGCAAACUCUUCGAUCCCAAUGGUAUUGAAAGAACCGAUGUAGAAAAAGACGCUGGUUUGGUUGAAACUUGUGGAUAUAUUUUACGAAAUGCCCAACAUGAAGACAGUGGUUUAUGGCAUAUACGAUAUGGACCAAGAAUCUCUUAUAGAGCUAAUGUAUACGUAGAUGUAAAAGAUCAAUGGGAGUCAACUCACGACACUAGAUUAGUUUUCACUCGAAGCAGACCCGUAAGUGAGACCUUCGGUCCUGAAAAUGCUGUUUACUGUAAACUGACAGAUCCUACUCAAAAAGUGGUCUUCGAAGGUCAUGGUAGAUGUAAUUUAGCACUAGACAGGGUGACCAACGACCAUGCUGGAACUUGGGCCAUGACCGUUGGUUUCCCAGGCAAUUUGUUGACUAGAACUUAUGAAAUCAUUGCCGAAGUACGGGGAUCAGAACACAAGCCAAUAGUAACCACCUAUGUGGCAAAGGAACAACCUGAGGUGACUCUCAAAUGUUCAGUGCCUGUGGAAUACACAGUCAAAUCCUGCCUGUUCCAAGAGCCAUCUGGACGUGUGAUUAUGGUCAACGACGGAGUGGCUGAGGACCGAUAUAUAUCUCAUGGAACUGGUACUACUAUGGAUGGCAAUGUCACGACUCACGAAUGCGGCAUUCGCAUCACCAACCCCGCGACAUCAGACCUUGGGCUGUGGCGCUGUGCGGUGGAGACGGACCACGAGGUCUACUACGGCUUCCUCACGGUGCUCUGCCCCUGGGCCAUGCAGGAUCCUACUAUUGCUGCCUCAGUUGUAUCAGAGCCGACUCUGACAGCGCACAAAGAGAAUAUAGUGCACUUGGAAGGAGACAGCCUGACCAUGACGUGUUCCAUCCAAUCGCCAAUCCAGUACUGCUACUUCAGAAGACCAAACGGAAUGACAUACAGCGUUUCUCCUGGCGUUUCUACCGACGAGUACGAGUAUGUUGGAGCAGGUUUGGACGCUGGGGAGUGUGGCAUCAGGUUCAGUCGUCUUCUCUCGCAGGAAGCUGGUCAUUGGCCUGAAGGUAGAUGGAGCUGCCAUGUUGGUCUACCUGAUGAUGACCAGGCGGAACAAAGAGCUAACAUACAAGUUCAGAUCAAUCGCACCAUUGAAGUGAACCAGUACCUGAGUGAUGGUGGCCUCAUGGUGGAAGCAGAAGUCUUCCAACAACAACCUUUGGAGUACUGCCGUUAUGUGCGCAUUGACGGGCUGGGAUUCAAAUCAGUAAAGCUUCCCGACACCCGGUAUUCAUCCUACGAGGAUCUUAGCAAGGGCUAUUGUCGCAUCUACAUCCAAAACCCUAACAUUUUGGACUUGCACCCUUGGACUGUCGCCGUCAAGAUCAUCGGCAGAGAAGAGGAGGUCUUGGGUGUCACCAGCCAUACCAUGGAAACACCUACAACGUCUGAGGAUACAUCUACAGAGAAUACUACAACUGAAUCUGCACCUAUAAUCAUUACCCCUAGACCAACAUCAAAUAACUUCAUGUGGUGGUGGUGUACAGGUAUCUUGCUUUUCAUUCUCUUCAUCUGUUUCGGCGUCCUCCUCAUCCCUGCCAAGAACCGCAGGAACACCAUCGCCAGAGCCUAUUCCUGGAGAAACAGCAUCCGAAGAAGUUUCCAGAAGAUGCCUUUGCCUGUUAAUGAUGUUAGUCGUACUACACCUAUGAGUGCUUAGACUGCCUCGAUAGGGUUUAUUAUAUUUAUUUUUUGUACUUAAUCUUUAUUGUUAUUAAAAGCAUUUGUUAUUUUAAAUA